UACCCAUAUUGCAUGGAGAAUACUAAGGUCUUCACUCUAAAAAAUGGUGGAAAGCAGACAUGGUUCGAUUGUCAUCGUCAAUUCUUACCACAAGAUCAUCCUUUCCGUCGAAGUAAGAGUGCAUUUUUUAAAAACAGAGUUGACAAUUCUUCCCCUCCACUGAGAUUAAGUGGAGAAGAAAUUUGGGAACGUGUUUCGUAAUUGCCAAAAACUGGAGGAUUGGAAGGUUUAUGUGGAACUAGGGGAAAACUCAAAGGUUUUGGAAAACUUCAUAACUGGACAAAGCAAAGCAUCUUUUGGCAAUUACCAUACUGGAGCAAGCUUAUGAUUCGCCAUAACCUUGAUGUCAUGCACAUUGAAAAAAAUGUGUUUGAUAAUGUUUUUCAUACAAUCAUGGAUGUUAAGGGGAAAACUAAAGACAACCUGAAAGCAAGGAAAGACUUGGUACUUUUUUGUAAACGACGAAAGUUGGAAGUUCGAGAAGAUUCAAUUAGUGUGCCAACUGCUCCAUUUGUUUUGUCCAUGGAGAAGAGAAAGGCUUUGUGUGAGUGGUUGCUAUGCUUAAAACUUUCGGACUCUUAUGCAUCUGACUUAGGUAAAUGUGUUGAUACCAAGGAGUACAGGUUAUUUGGUUUGAAGAGUCAUGAUUGCCAUGUUUUUAUGCAACGAUUGCUUCAUGUUGCAUUCAAAGAUUUGUUGCCUCCAAAUGUGUGGAAUGCUCUAACUGAGCUUAGCCAAUUUUUCAGAGAUAUUUGUUCAACUUCUUUGCAAUUAACGGACAUGAUUCGAUUAGAGAAUAAUAUUGCAGAGAUACUUUGCAAACUGGAAAAAAUAUUCCCGCCAACUUUCUUUAAUUGCAUGGAACAUCUUCCUGUUCAUUUACCUUAUGAGGCCAGAGUUGGUGGACCAGUUCAAUAUAGGUGGAUGUACCCUUUUGAAAGGUUUUUGUACCACCUAAAGCAAAAAGUUGGUAGCAAAGCACGAGUUGAAGCUUCUAUUUGUAAUGCAUCCCUCACGGAGGAGAUUUCCAACUUUUGCUCCCAUUAUUUUGAGGAACAUAUUACCACAAGAGUGAGCAAUCUAGGAUUAAAUUCUAGAGAUGAUGAGGAGCCAAAGGAUUCAAAACUACCGGAGAUUUUCACUUGUAACGAUGGCUAUAGCGCAUCCCAAGGUCAAUUAGUAUAUCUUGAUGAUAAGGAUUAUGAUAUUGGCCACAAGUAUAUCCUUGGUAAUUGUGCGAUCCUCGGAGAUUUUGAGCAGUAUGAUCUUUUAAUUGUUAAGAUUCCUAAACUUUAUUUAUGA